AUAUGCCCACUGGUCAGUUGUAAAACUCAUAGUAGUAUUUAUAAGUGGAAGAGUCUAUUCAGCUUAAGAAAUGGAAUGCUCCAUAUCAGAUAUCUUCACAUUCCUCACUCAGUAAGUGGGUUUGACUGGGUCAAUCAAAGUCGGGCUCAUCUAAGCAUGGUUUUUGUGAGAACUUAUCCAGAGAAAGGAUCAGAAAGACUAUAUAUGCAGUGACAAUGUUGUAUUACUUGGACACUUAGCAGAGGAAUUAACUGCUGCUGUGAAAUUGGAACAGAUGUAAAAAUAUUUAACCUGUAAAAGGGACUUCCUCUGGGAGACUGGAAUGAAUUGUUAUAGUUCUCCCGCCAAGAGUACUAAAAAUAUGCACCCUCGAAACAGAUACUGGCAAAAUUAUGAAAUGCCAGAUGUGAGAAAUACGAUUGAUUUUUGGGAGAAAGAUGCAGAAAAUGAUAAUUGCAGAAGAAAUCUACAAAGAGGCUACAAUUUUCAUAAAAAUUUAACAGGCAAGAAAAUAAGUGAAUAUUCAGAAAUGAAUAAACGAUUUACCAGAAAUGAUGAAGAUACAGUGCAGAGAUCCAAAUUUAGUAAAAGAUUUAGUGGAAUAAGGCCCUUUGAUGAAUUUGAAGAAUCAUUUCAAACUGAGGAAAGGAUUGCAUCUACAUCUAAUUACAAACCUCCACUUGGAAGAGGCAGAGAAAACUUAAACAGUAGAGGAGGAGGUGUUAGCAACAAUUCAAGACAAACCUUCCAGCUGAAUUGGAACACCAGAUACAAAUGGUUCAGAAAACCGCCAGUGAAUAGAGAAACUGAUGAGGAAAGGGAUGAUUUUACGGCUUACCUAAGCACAAAACAGAGAGCUGGAAGAUUCAGCCAAAAUGAACCAUAUAAAAGGGAAUUCAACGAAAAUAGUCUCGUAAACACCAUCUAUGGAAAUAGAGACGGAAACAGAAAAAGACAUUUCACUAGUCAAGGUAUAUACCCAUACAAUUUUAAAAACAGCAGAAGCAACUCUAGAACCCCUGAAAGAUAUAAAUCUAGAUCCCGAUCACAGAGUCAGUCAAGAUAUAGAAGAUGCAGGGAAAGAUCUUCAAGUAGAUACUACACCUCAAGGAGUCCUUCAAGUUCUCGCUCUCGCAGUCCAUCAAGAAGAGAUGGAUACAGAUCGCCAUCUCGAAGAGACCCUAAACCCUAUCCUAGAAGUUAUGACCGGGGACAAACUCAUUCAUAUGUAAAUUCAAGAAGUUAUGAACAUAAAUCGGAAUCGUAUGGAAGAAAAUCUAGAGGCAGUUUUCGUGGAAGAAAUUACAGAUCAAAAAGUUCAUCAUAUUCCCGAUCACGGAGUUCUUCCAGAAAUAGCAGAUCUUCUAGAGAACAUCAUAAUUCAAACAGAGGCUACCAUAGAUCAAGAGGUUAUUCACGGUCUUACUCCAGAGGCUCAUCAAGGGACAGCAGAUAUAGUUUUAGGUCUAGGUCACCAAGCUCGUCAAGGGAUAGGAGAUGCAGAUCACGCAGUUACAGAAGCAAUUCCCGCAGUUACAGAAGCAAUUCUCGCAGUUACAGAAGCAGUUCCCGAAGUAGGUCAAGGAGCCGAGAGUACAGGUCAAGGAGUCUUUCUAGGUCAAGAUCUCAAAGUGGGUCAAGAAGUCGAUACAGAUCCAAGAGUUCAGAAACCAGUGGAAGCUACAGGUCAGUAAGUCCCCCUAAAAGGAUUGCUGGCAGUCCAAAGAGAAACAGUGAUUAUGAUUCACAGAGUUAUUUAGAGAUGCAGUGGAAUGAUGAAACUAUCCGAUCAAGAAACCGGUCACCAAGCUAUUCAUCUGAAGAAAAUCGUAGGCUACGAAGAAGAGACUCUGUUGACAGUUUGUCUAGUAUUACGUCAACAGAAUCCAACUCUUCCUCAUCAAGCAGCAGAAGUAGGAGCUCAGAGAGAAUUGCAAACCGAAAGUCUGGUGAAAGAGAUAGAAAAAUUACCCCUCCACCUUCUAAAAACCCCAAAAAGUGUGAUAAGAUGUCUGGAAACCUUCGAAAUCCAAGCAGAAAUGAGGCAAUUGUUAAGAGACAGUUUGAAAGAUAUGAAGAAGAAAAUAAAGAAAAAAUGCUAGCAAGUGUAGAUGACCUUCUAGGAAAACUUGUUGGAAGUGUCACAGAACACAGUCAUUUUGAGCUUUUAGAUGAACCAUUUAUUCCUCAAGAUACCACUUCAAGGGAACAUGAGUGCAAAGCACAGGAAACUGAAUACAGAACAAUCCAAGUGAAACCGAAAUCCCCUAAAAAACCUCAACAGAUGUCUGACAAAUCAUCCACUCAUGAAGGAAGCAGUCAAAGCUCAUCAAAAACUCAAGAAAACUUAAGGAUUUCAGUGACAUCAAAUGAGAAAAGAAAUGUGAUAUGUGAAAAAGAAACAGAGAAGAAAGAAACUUGUAGUGCAAGAAAGCGUAAACAUCCAUCCAAAGAUGUAAACAAUAGCAAUACCGGCAUACAAGACCUUAGUCCAAGUGUGAAAAAGUGCAAGAGAAACAUUUCUCAUCUCAUGGCUGAGCAAACGAUAGUUGCGGAAUCUGGUUUAUCAAAACAAGUAUACACAUCUACAGUAUCUUUGAAGAAAACAGAAGAUACCGAAGAAAGACAAGAUCCAAAGCAAGACAGCAGUGUUCAAGUUGCUCAGAGUAAAUCUGCAACUUUAGCACCCAAUCUGUUCACUGAAAUGUCAAAGGAGCAAAAUGCACAGGUUCCAACAAACAAAUUAAAUGAACAGAAUUUUGCUGCACUGGAGAUGGAGGCAGAGUUUAAAAGAAAUGCAAGCAUGCCAAAGACUUUAAUCAAGAGUCCAAAAAGAAAAGAAAUUGCAAAUCAAGAAAGUGUUGAACAAUCAAUUGAAUUAUCUAUCAACAUCUCCAAGCAACAAUUGAAUCCUCUAAUGUUAAAGACUGUUAGCAUCAAAAGUAAAUACGAGAAAAAUAUGAAAUCUCCAAACAGUCCUGAGAUGCAAACUGAAAAAGUGCAAACAAAGGAAAGUGAAAAUACUACUGAAGGUUCUCCAGAAAGUAGUAUCAAACCAGUUCGAAAAGACUCUUCAGACUUGGAUUUGGCAUCAUUUGAUGAGUUCACCAAUUCUGAACAAGACUCUGGUUCUAAAUCUAGCAGUGGAACUGAAAAUGUGGACUCUCAAGAUAGGAUUCAACAAAAAGUGAUGGAGCCACCAAGUGAUUCGACAAAUGUAGAUGUGAUACCAGAGUGUGAUGCAGAAAAAUCAUUGAGUGAUACAGAAGAAAGUGUGGACAAAUCUCAGAAGGAUUUGUCCAGUCAAAAUUCAUUUGAAGUGGAUUAUGAGGGCAUUGUCAAAACUUCAACACCAAUCAGAAAUGUAUUGGACAAUGUUUCCAAUAAAAAUGCAGUACAGGAAUAUAGUGGUGAAGUUGUGAAAAAAAAUCUUUUUGAGGCGAUUUCCAAAGAAUCUGGUGGAGAAGACAAAAGUGAAACUCAACAGAAAGAAAAUAUUGAGCUGAUGUCAAAGGAGUCAGCAAAAUCAGCUGUGAACCAAACGGAUCAAAAUCUGAAAGAAAAAAGUCACCAGAAAAUAUCAAAUGAAAAACGUCCAAUCAGUGAUAAAAAUUCACAGGUUGCCAAGAGUUUGAAGGUUAGGAAGGAUAUCCACACAAAUAAAACUGAUACUAUUCAGAAAAAAAUUAGUGCUUCCAUUAAACAUACAAAAGGAGGGAAUUUGAAAGAUGCAAAGAGAAAUGCUUUAAAGGAGCAACCAAAGCCAAAAAUGCAAUCAAUUACAAAGGAUAAAGAAAAGAAAAAGUUGAAGGAGAAAAAAAAUAUGCAAUCAUCAGACAGAAAAAAAUCAGAGGAUGCAAAAAAUGUGUCAAUGGAUAUCAAGUUACUCAAUAAAAAGACAGACAAUAGUAAAGAACAAAAAUCGGGAGAAUUUAGUGAAGAAAACAAUAUAUCCAGUGAUUCAAUGCAGAGUACAUGUGAUGAAACCUUGCCAAAGUUAGUGUCAAGAAAAGACAAAAAACGAGACUCAUCAACAACAUCAAUUGAAUCCAGUGAUAGAGAAACCUCUAUACCGCCAAAGAAGAGCAACAAACAUAUUACUACAACAGAGGGAAUUAAUCCUAAACAGAAACCUUACAAACAGAAUGAUAUGUCAAGCAGCAAAUCAGGAAAAGAAGAUAAACAUAUGGUGAGAAAACAUGUUGGUUCAUGUAAUUCGAAGGCAGGAACAUCAAAAAUAGAGAAAAUGAGACCCCAAGGUCAGACAGCAUCGAAAAUCAAGUUGAUAGAGCAAGAAGACCUCUUCAUGCCUAGUACCCCACUUAAGACAAAACAUACAGGUUCCAAGAAAGAUAAGGUUAACAAACCCAGUUCUCGAAUAAGAACAGAUGGACCAAAAAAUAUGUCUGCAGCCAAAACAACGGUUAAAGGGCCAACAAAAAAAGUUUCAACCACUCUGUCUAUAAAUGAGAAAGCGAAUGUUUGCUCUAAGUCUACAUCAGAAGAAAUAAGUCAAAGUGAAAACUCAGACUCUGGUCCCAGAAGUACUACUGAUGUAAGCAGUUCAUCUGAGAUGGAAACAGAUGGAGUAGUGCCUUUCAUUCAAGAUUCUAGAGAAAAUGGAGAAAAUGACGCUAUAGUGAAAACAAUGUCAGCUGAAAAAGAAGUUGAUGGAAAUGGUACAAGUGGAGAAGAAAUUGAUGGUGCUAAAAUUUCUCCCAGUGGGGCAAAACGACAAAGUAGGGCUAUAUCUCAGGAACACUUGAAAGUUCUUGAAAAGAACAAAGAAGUGAGGAACAGAACAUGCUUUGAAUUAAAACAAGGGCAGAUUGGAGGAAGAAAAAUGUCUAAAUCUGGGAAGAUUCAAAAAGUAAAACAUAAAGCACAUGCUGAAAUUCUCCAUGGAAAUCCUUUAAUAAAGCCUGCAACUAAGACUAUUCAGGAUAAAGAUAAAGAGAAGAGAAAAAUAAUGUUGCAUACAUCAACCCAGAAAACAAACCAGCCAGGAACAGCUGAGUUUAAAAAGCCAACCUCUGGCAUAAAACGUACUGAAACGGACAUCAUUGCCAAAAACAUCUUGCAAAAAGUGCCAGGAAAAAUAGAAAUAUACGAUGCAAGUUUCAAGAAAGUAACCUAUGACUCCAGUAAAACCACAACCAAUGCCCUGGCAAAUGAGAGUCUCAAGUCAAGCAAUGAUAUAGAUGAAACACAAACAACAACUGAUGUCAGCUUGCAAGAAUAUAGAAAUCUGCAUGAGGAUUUGGAACUGAGCUCUGAUGAUGAACAACUCUCAAUUGAUCUGGAAAAAUCAAAAUCAAAGACUGAAAAGGCUGCUUGUGAAGAAGACAAAGACAAUCAAGACAAACAGGAAGAAAUCAAAGACAUGCUGAACAGAUCUAAAAUUGAAAAAGGGAAAGUGGGAGAAAAAGGGGAAUCAGUCAAAGAGAAUAGAGAAAACAUUCAACAGAAACAGACUCCAGAUGUAAACAGAAAUGAAGAACUAUCACAUGGCAAACAAUGUGAAACCACCAAGACAACUUCCAGAUCACAAAACCCUGUUGCUGAGCCUAGAGAAAAUGAGGCAGGCCAAAGUGAAAGUGAUAAGAACAAAGUGAAAAGCACAUUAGAAGAAACACCUAAAAAAUCUAAAGCAAGUGAACAGAAGAUGCUUUUGAGUAAUUCUUCAAAAACCUUAAUGGAUUCAGUACUUAUGUCACCAGCAAACCCAACAGCUACAAUUCCAGAAGAUCAAGUAGAUUACAGUGACAUUAGAAUUAUGUACUAUGAUCAUGGUGUACCACAAAGCCCAUAUAUUGCAGAAGAAGAUAUUGUUAGUGCAAAAACCUUUGGAAAAAACCAAAACCAGGAAGAGGUUAUACCAAGCAGCAGACCUGAAACACCAAUUUUGAAUAUCAGUCCACAAAAAGAUCAAACCGCAAGAAAAAUUUUGCCUGAAGAGGACUUUCCAAUGUUGUCAAGUGCAGUUUCACCAGUGGUAGAAAAUUUGGCAAGUGCACAAAAUGUGAGCAAUUCACAAGAAACUGAAGCUUCAUCAGACUAUGGAACAGAUAGUAACAGGGGUACUCCUUUGUCAGUGAUAUCAGAACCCAGUGAGGAGGUGGAACACCAGAAUCCUGUAAAUAGAAAAAGAAGUGUUUCUUCAAAAGAGGAAACAGUUUUGUCUGGACCAGAAAAGCCAAAUUUGAGUGACAUUGAUAUAUUAGAGAAACAGUCUGAUAAUCCUCAUUUGCAAAAGUUUUUAUCAGAGUUGAGACAAGAGAGUUCAAAUUAUCACCAAACUAUCUGUUUCACACACCGCAAGUCAUUUAAAAAUUUGAUUACUGCAAAUGGAGAUGACAAUUUGACUGUUGGCUUUCUUGAGCUUCAGAAAUUAAAAGAGCCUAAGCUGCAGUGUAUCAAAUGCAAUGUCUGCAAGAUGUAUUUCGAUCCAUGUGGGUUUUUGCUACAUUUUGAUGUCAAGAAUGUGGAACUAGAUGAAAUAAAAUGUUUGUUGACUGAGCCAAUGAAUGCUAUGCCUAAAAUAGACCCAAAUGUACAGAGUAUAUGGUACAAGUUCAUCACCUUGAAAAAUGUACUGGUCAAUGCAAAACUAAGUUUAAGCAGUUUGGGUCCUGAAAAGGACCAGUUGAACAGAUACAAUAAACCAUCAGAUGCACAGGGGAUUAACCAAACCCAGUCAUUAAUUAGUCCAGCUAUACCCAGCAUGAUGAGGCCUCCCACAAGCAGCAGAGAACUUGCUCAGACAAACAACAAUCAAACAUCAUCAAGCAAUACAGAUUCAUUGCUAUCUUUAAUAGGCACAAAUUUAGUAUUUGUGCAAAGACAGCAAGCAGUUCAAGUAGCUGCUACCUUCACUGCUGCAAUGCCAGUCAAUGUAAUUGCCGUUCAACAGAACCCUAAUUUAUCCCAGCAGUCACAGAACUUUACGCCUCCGACAAAUCCAGCAACGAAUGCAUCAAUGGCAAGUAGACAAGUGGACAGAAGAAGAAAAUCUCUUGAAAGCAGUGCUCAAAACUUGAGUAUGAUGGCAACAGGAGCAAGGAACACAAGAUCACUCAGUGAUAAGGGAAUGGAAAACCAAAACUACAUGCAAUAUAAUCAAACAAGGCUUAGGCACCAAUCUAGCACACUAAGUGAACGGCAACCAAUGAAAAAUUCUCAGAUGGCUACUACAAUUCCUCCUAAUUCUUUGUUAAGGGAUUACCGAAUGGAUGGAGUACCUUGUCAGAAUAGUCAAAUGAUUACAUCACAGCAAGGGCUACAGCAAGGGCUGGUGAACCCUUGCAGAUACCAGACUACGCAACAAAUGAACAGUCGUGACCCCUUAAAUGCAUGUCAGACUGAGGCAAAUACCAUGAGAUCUAUGGUUGUACCUCAAACCCAACCACCACCUUAUCCUGGUACUUCUGUUAAUCACCAGUCCAGCAGGUACAAUGCUUUACCUAAUCACAGUAGACAGAAUUGUACGUAUCAACAACAACCUGCAGCAAGUCAGGUUCAGCAAUCGGCGAUGAAUCAAUCAGCAAUGAAUCAUUCUCAACCACAAAUACACAGUAAUGUGCAUGUAGGUCCUGUUCCACCAGCUCAUCAGCAGAAUAUGCCUGUUAACAGACAAGACUUCCCACCAUCUAUGAUACCAUCAGCUCAUCAAAAUAUGUUUGUCAGUAAACAACUAUCCUCGAUGAAUAACCAAGGAACCCUGAAUAUGCACCCUAGCAGGAGUUCAUUAACAGCAAACCCACAGGCUUGCCCACCUUCGACAGUCAAUCAGGCCCAGCCUAUGUUUCCUGCAGCCUACUCAAACAUGUCUGCUAAUCAAGCUUCAUCUUCUAUGAUGGCCCAUGCCCACCUGCCUUCCACUCAGGCUCCAAUAUCUGUGAUUCCUCCAGCCCACCAAAACAUUGGAUAUCGUAAUGGUUCAUGUAUGGUUCCUCCAGGCCAUCACCCAGUAUCAACCACUGUUAGGUCCAACCAGUACCAACAACCAACCAUGCAGUCAGUGGUUAGUGCUCAAAGCUCUUUGAAAUCCAGUCAGCUGCAGCCAACCAGUGGAACGUGUUCACUGCAGCCAAAUAGUGGUACUUCUUCACAGCGACUUGGUAAUAACCAAAUCAUACAUUCUGUAAGGCCAUCAGCAGACUUUCACCAAUCGUCCAAUGUUCAGACUUGCUCAUCUAACCAAACCAGUAUAAGCAGACAGCCACACAUAGAUCAACAUCUGAUGAAUCAAACUGCACCUACAGCACAAACAAGGAGAGGUGAAUCUGCUCUACUUUCAAGAGUAAUUGCAAGUGAGAGUAUCCAACCUAGAACCCAGUUCAGCCAUGUGCAUAUCGCUGAUGGGAAAGUGUCAAGUUUCAAUCCCAACUCUAUAAACUCAAACAUCACAAAUCCCACCAAUUCAAAUAGUUCACUUGGCAACCCAAACCAAAGGCUGCAAGAUUUGGACAAUGUCGAUAGACCCAAUAGGGAUGCGAUGGAUGUUGUUAGAGGAAAUGAAGUAACAAGAGCGGAGACAGAAAGUGCCAACAAUGAAUCACAGAAGACAAGUGUGAAUCUCCAGAGGACGGCUACUGGGGUAGCUCAAACCAUUCAGACUCCUGCAGAUGCACAAAGAAAAAUGGUUAGUUCUUGUGUGAACAUGGUGGCUUCCAUUAUGUGGAUGUAUGAUGAAUUAAAACAGAAGACAGCUGAUGUGGUCAGUGCUCAACAAGAAUUACAACUGUGGAAGGAUGAAAUCAAGAGGACAAUGGAUGAAUAUCACACAACUGAGGGUGUGAUGACUCAGAAAAUUCAGGAAGUUUUGUCAAGAAUGACAAGUUGAAGAGAGAGAGAAA